AUGAUUCUGAAGUUUCUUGGGGCCGUUGUUUGCCUCUUCUCCAUUGCUUCGGCUCGACAGUGCCCCGAUGGUGCUUCAGACUACUCGGCCGGAAACCAGUGUCUGAUCGCGUUUGAUGCCGCUGCCACCUUCGACUCCGCUCAAAAAGCCUGCGCGCUUGGCGGUCAAUUGGUUCAGCCGGUGAACCGACUGCACAACAUGUUGGCUGCCGCUCAGAUUCAGCAGGCCCUCAGCGCUCCCAAUGCCUUUAUCGGCGUUAUGAAAAUUAACGGGACGUGGAGAUACGCUGACGGCUCAUCGUUGACGUAUCAGAAUUGGAAAAGUGCUGACGAGCAAAACAAGCCAGGCGCCUCCUGCGCGUUCCUGAAUGGCAAGGACUUUUACUGCUCUUAUUGGUUCCUGAUUGGCUUGAGCCACGGUAAUUGGACGGAUGGUACGCCGUUCGACUUUAAUAGCAUCUCGGGCGACCGGAACGCCAGCACCUAUUCGCUUCGACUCGGGUGGAGUCUCUACAUGUAUCCGGGCAACAUUACCACGCCGUACGCCAGCUACGUCUGCAAGCAGCCGGCAAAUGUCGACGGACUCACACGAAAGAAGGUGAUCAGCACGGCCAUCAAGAAGGUCGCGUCAGUCAAGGCGGGACGCGGCUUCGUGGAGCGGUACUGCCCGUACGAUUCUAUCAGUUACCCGGCUGCUCAUGAAUGCGUAAUGGGCAUGAAAGUUGGCGCGACCUACGGAACGGCGGGCCGAAUUUGUUCACUUGGCGGUCGUCUUAUCCAGCCGAUGAGCAACGACGAGAAUCUGAUGGCCGGACUGCAGAAUGCGGCAGAACUUGGCGGCCAGGCGACGUACAUAGGUGUGGAACGGAUCGAUGGAACGUGGUAUUACGCUGAUGGCACUGAACUGAAGUAUCAGAAUUGGAAGAGUCCGGCCGAGAUCAACAACCCUGAUCACGGUUGCGUCGUCCUGAACAGCUCGGACUUCUUCUGGUACUCUGCUGAUUGCCUCAGCAAGCGAGCCUUUAUCUGCACGACGCCAGACCAGACUCGAGUAUGCCUGCCCGGCUGGACGUACUUCCCGCUGACCGGGUACUGCUACUACACCCAGAUGGCGAUGAACUGGAACCCACCCCCUCAACUGAAUUUCACCACCGCCGAAGCCGUCUGUGCCAAUGAGGGCUCGCAUCUGGUGUCGAUUCACAGCGACGAGGAGAACCAGUUCGUUGCUGACCUGCUUUCCUCGGCGAUGUCCACCUAUCAACACGACUGUGACGCCCGCCUCCAAACAGUCAUCGGUCUCAGCCACAGCAAGUGGACCGACGGCAGCACGUUCGAUUACAACACUGGACUAGGAAUGGCUGAUUCUUAUGGGAUGAGCGAUCCUGCCUGUCACAGCACCUCGUGGAGCGGCUGGAACGCUACCCAAAUUUACGCGAACUACGUCUGCAAGAAGAGAGCCCACAUGUUGACGUAUUUU